GGAUCCUUAUUCAAAACCACACAAUUUAAUAAUAUAAAUUUCUUUAACUCAUCUUAUCCUCUAACUUUCUUUUCAUUGGUCCAAAUGUUAUGGCAAGGAUCAUCAUCUCAACCAUUGAUAAAUUUAAAUCAAUGGCCACAAUUUACUAUUGCUUUCAUUUUCUUUUCAGAUCUGAAACAUAUUCAUUAUCCCAAAUUCCAACCAUCUCUCUUUGUGCACAUCUUCUGUUCUUCUUUUCUCUACGCCAUUACAAUGUCUUCAUCUCUUUCUUCUAUUCGUCUCCUCCUCUGCUUCUCUCAUCUGUGAAGUCACCAAGAACCGUGAGGCCUCAUCUCCUCCUCUAUCUCUAUCCUCCGAGAAUAUGGGAAAGCUUUGAGAAGACAGAAAAAGUGCGUCGAAGAAGACUGAGGAGCCACGCUGGUGAAGACCGAGGAGAAACACCGGAGACGACAGGAGCUACGCCAGAUAUGGUCGAGGAGCUGGCCGGAGAGAAGAGAAACGAAGAGGAUUGGACGGACAUUAGGAUGAAAUUGCAUGCAUUUUGGACAGGAAGCCAACAAAAUAUCGUCUGCAGAGAUCGAUGAUGCAUAUCCACAUCCUCGGCGUGUUACCUAUGUGACUCAGCUGAAGAAGAAGAAAUCAGAGACCAUCUACUUCUGAGAUGCGAAGUGAGCAAGCAAAUAUGGGAUCUGGUGCUUCGGAGACUAGGCUACAACUCUUCUCCUGAGCAGCGUGCAGGACUCCACGGUUCCUCUAGCGCCUAGCCUCUCAUGCUACAACCUAUAACAUUGGGAGAGAAAGAAAGAAACAGGUGCCUUCAUGAUUGAAAAUCUGGAACAGUAACUGCAGUUUUCACGUACAUGCAUAUACAUUUUUAUAGAGCUUAGUAAUAUAUUCAUUUGGUUCAAUAUAUAAAUGCUUUAUGUAUAUGAUAUGAUGUGUACAUAACUUAAAUAAUUUGAAAUAGCAAAUUUAUUAUUAUAAAAUAAUGUUACAACAAAGCACAUUAUUUAAAAUAAAAAUA